AUGUCGCAUUCGAUUAAAAAACCUGCAUCAGAACCAAAUAUUGAGGAAGCAUUUAAUAGGCACAGCCCAAUUGCGGCUAAAGUAAAGGCGGAAUAUAAUCAAUCGCUCAUGGAAAUGUUUGCAGACAUGGAUCCAGUGUGCUUGGAGCCGUUUGCAGCCAUUCUAUUGGAGCAUGAGAAUACAAUUCUCAGCAAGGAUACUUUGAUCGAACGUAUGCGCUCAAAAAUGACCCAUGUGCUGCUCAAUAUAUACGAGAACUUUUUUGUUGCCCACGAUGUGGGCAAUAAACUGAUUACCCUGGAGGUUCUGAAGGAAAAAUUCGAGCCCCUUAAAAGCACCAACUGGAACGUUAACAAAUUAACGCCAGAGGAGCGGACAAGACCGGUGCGCAUGCGGCUGAUGGAUUCAAGCAUUCGAUUUAUUGAAAAACAGCUAAACUCACAGGAAAAGGCUUUAGGGAUUGCCCUGGCGAAGAGCAGAGAGAAUCGGGAGCGUUUACAGAAUAUUCAAAAUGAGCGUGUGAAAACCUACGCCUUGUUGCAUCAGCAGAUGGAUUACUACAAGGAAAUGAGCCCUAAGCUAAUGGAACUAAACAAAUUAAUGAUAGGCAAAAAAUCAAUUGAAUAGUUUUAAUAUCGAUAAGUUCAACUAUCAUUUUUAAUACCUAAAUAAACAAUUUUAAAUAUAA